AUGGCUGCGCUCGGCGACGACUUGCUGGGGACCGUCAAUAAGCUGCAAGACCUGGUCUUCAACACUAUUGGCAAUGACUCCCUCGAUCUCCCUCAGAUUGUUGUUGUUGGGUCCCAGUCCGCGGGCAAGUCGUCGGUACUUGAGAACAUUGUUGGCCGGGAUUUCCUUCCCCGUGGCAGCGGCAUUGUUACCCGAAGACCCCUCAUCCUACAGCUCAUCAACGUGCCUGGCGACGAUGCCGGCGAAGACCCGCACGCUGGCUACCGGAACCCGAGCCAGGCCGCCCCGAACGAGUGGGCUGAAUUCCACCACAUCCCCAACCGGCGGUUCAACGACUUCGGCGACGUCAAGCGGGAGAUCGAGAAUGAGACCUCGAGAGUUGCCGGAAACAACAAGGGCAUCAAUCGCCAGGCCAUCAACCUCAAGAUCUUCUCCCCAAACGUCUUGAACCUAACCCUUGUUGACUUGCCGGGUCUCACAAAGACACGCAACCUAAUCUCCGAAUACAUUGCGAAACCUAACAGCAUCGUCCUCGCUGUCUCGCCCGCGAAUGUCGACAUCGUCAACUCGGAGGCUCUGAAGCUUGCCCGCCACGUCGAUCCACUCGGCCGGAGGACGAUCGGGGUGCUCACCAAGGUCGACUUGAUGGACCACGGCACCAACGCUCUGGAAAUCCUAUCCGGGCGGGUCUACCCUCUGAAGCUGGGCUGGAUCGGGGUGGUAAACCGAUCGCAGCAGGAUAUCCAAGGCAACAAGCCCAUGGAAGAUGCUCUAAAGUCUGAGUCUGAAUUUUUCAGGCAUCACCCGGCUUAUAGGAAUAUUUCCACUCGGUGUGGCACGCGCUUCCUGGCAAAGACUCUCAACACCACUUUAAUGGCUCACAUUCGAGACCGUCUCCCCGAUAUCAAGGCUCGCUUAAACACCCUCAUGGGGCAAACCCAGCAGGAGCUUGCCAGCUACGGAGACAUGCAUUUCAGCGGGAAGGAGCAUCGGGGCUCACUUAUCCUGCAACUCAUGACCCGUUUUGCGUCAUCCUUCAUAUCAUCUAUUGAUGGCACCUCGACCGAGAUCUCGACAAAAGAACUCUGCGGUGGCGCCCGCAUCUAUUACAUUUUCAACUCUGUCUUUGGGAGCUCGCUAGAAUCGAUCGACCCUACUUCGAACCUCUCUGCCCUCGACAUCCGGACAGCCAUCCGCAACUCGACAGGUCCGCGCCCGAGUUUGUUUGUGCCUGAAAUGGCCUUCGAUUUACUCGUUAAGCCCCAAAUUAAGCUCCUCGAGGUCCCAAGUCAACGCUGCGUCGAGCUAGUGUAUGAAGAGCUCAUCAAGAUCUGCCAUACGUGUGGCUCCACCGAGCUCUCGCGGUUCCCCAGGAUGCAGGCCAAGCUCAUCGAGGUCGUCUCGGAUCUUCUUCGAGAGCGGCUAGGCCCCGCAUCUGGAUACGUCGAGUCGCUCAUCUCAAUUCAGCGUGCGUACAUCAAUACCAAUCAUCCCAACUUCCUCGGUGCUGCUGCUGCCAUGAGCCACGUCGUCAGCAAUAAGCAAGAGCGGGAGAGGAAGCGCCUGAUACAAGAGGAGCGGGAACGGCGGGAGCGUCGGCGGAUGAAGGAGCUUGGCGCCAAUGGCGCCGACACCCCCGUGGACGAAGAAGAUGAGCACGCCGCAACAGAAAAGCUGGACUCGGUUGCGGCACGGAAAGCGCUCGGCAAGACCGGACGCAGCCACUCGCCCUCUGUUCGGGACUCGUCGUCUGGCGGCAUCGCUGCUGCCCUCAACGGGGUCCGGUCCUCGUCGCCUGCCCAGUUUAACGGGCAAGGUUUGGGCACCGCCAAGGACUCGUUUUUGAACUACUUCUUCGGCAAGGAUGGCGCCAUUGUGCCAGGCACCCCCCCCGCAACUUCCAACCUUGGCCGCCACGUGAGCCAGUCCGUGGAGCCGACCUUCAGCCAGAGUAUGAGGCGACCGGAGGACAAACCUUUGCGGUCCCCACCGCCGCCGCCCAUCCGUGUUGAUGAUGCUGCCCUUGAUUUCGCAGGAGGCUCCAAAGGAAACGACUUCAUGAACGGCAGCGAGCCGGCCAUGACUGACCGCGAGGCCAUGGAGACAGAGCUGAUCCGAGCCCUGAUUAGCUCCUACUUCAACAUUGUCCGAGAGAGCAUCGCGGACCAAGUGCCCAAGGCAAUCAUGCACCUUUUGGUCAACCAUUGCAAGGACGUCGUGCAGAACAGGCUGGUGACCGAAUUGUACAAGGAGGCGCUGUUCGAGGAGCUUCUUUACGAGGACGACGCGGUGAAGAAGGACCGCGAGAAGUGCGAGAGAAUGCUUCAGACGUACCGGGAGGCGUCCAAGAUUAUCGGCGAGGUUGUGUAG